AUGUUGGGCGAUCAUCUUCAAUUGCGGGGGGCGGCGUUUGCAAGAAACGGAAAUGGACUGAUUGCCGCCACCCUCCCAGGUAAGUCCAGCGACACUGUGACGUCUGCCAGGCACCUGGGGACCUCCCCGGGUGCACCCACGCGGCCGCGGGGCCGCCCACGUCGGCCAAGUUAUUUCCAAGGUGCCUUGGUCAAUCUUCAAUCUGCCCGGGGCGUUUUUGUUAGCGUUUUCGGCUCGGCGUCUUGGACAUUUUUUUUUAGCGUUUCCAGCUCGCCGUCUCGGAGCACCUUGAAGGUGCUCCAAGACGGUCCCAAGCCUUUCCGUAGCCGUUUUGGCUCGAGCGGUUCCGCUGGAGCUCCAGGGUUUGCGCGUUCUGGCCUUUUCCGGGGCGCACCUCGGCCAAUGGCGCCGCGACUGAUGGGCGAGAUCUCGGCAUGGUACCCCGAGGAGGGCAGGGGGUACAUCCAGCGCACGGUGAGAGAACGCACGGCGACGCAGGCCGAGGUCUUCGAGGUGUACGCCUUCCUGGGGACGGAGGUGAGCGGCGACCCGGCGGAGUUCGCGACGUUCAGCCCCGUGGCCUUCCGCUUCGGCGGCCGUAACAGCCGCGGGCAGUGGCUCGCGAGGCGAGUGCAGCCGCUGAAGGAGCCCGGCGUGGACGCGGCACCUGGCUGCGGUGCCCAGGACCUGGCGGGUGGCGCUGGCCCCGCUGGCGGGGAGCCGGAGGAUUUCGCGGAGGCGGAGGCCAAGAGGCAGGCCAAGGCCAAGCGGAAGGCCAAACAGGAGAGCGCCGCGGACGCGCUGCCCGACGGCGGUGCGGCCCCGGAGGGGGUCCUGGCGCCAUCGAAGAGGAGAAGGAAGUCGGACGCAGCCAAGGUGAAGGCUGAGGUGAAGGUCGAGGUGAAGACCGAGGUGAAGACCGAGAGGCUGUCUCCCGAGAGGGCCCAGCGGCGAUCCCGCGUGAAGGCCGAGCCGACAGACUGA